CUGGCGGGGGGCCUUGGCUCAUGGUGCCUGGGCUCGGGGGCACCUCCUGGUCACAGGCCCCCGCCACCCACCGCUGCUUCCUCCACUGCCGUCUCCAGCCGUAGCCGCAGCCGCCACCGCCGCCGGCCCUGCUCGGCCGCCAUCGCUGUGAGGCGGCUGCCUGAGAUGGCUCCUCCUCCGCCUGUCAAAUCUCGCGAUAGCUGCCGCAAAACUGCGGAUCAGUGACCGCUCCACCAAAUCUCGCGAAAAAUUGUUUUCUCUCCGGGAAGUUCCUCGGACUUACUCUGGGCAGCAUGGCUUCUGCUGGGCCACUCUAAAGUCCUUGAGGGACACUUUAUUGUCGAAGAUGUCAGAGAAAGCGGGCGUACUACAGCAGACUUAACGUCCUACCACUUAGGGAGCCUAAGCAGCCUGCGGCAAGUUCCCAGCCCGGUUACCUAGGGAGACCCUGUUUCAAAAAAUAGAUAAAUUUUUUUUUUUUUUUUUUGGUUUUUCGAGACAGGGUUUCUCUGUGGUUUUGGAGCCUGUCCUGGAACUAGCUCUUGUAGACCAGGCUGGUCUCGAACUCACAGAGAUCCGCCUGCCUCUGCCUCCCGAGUGCUGGGAUUAAAGGCGUGCGCCACCACGCUGAUAAAUUUUUUAAAAAGAGCCACUUGGCGAGGUGACUCAGCGGAUAAAGGCGCUUGCGGCCAACCUGAGCUCGACCCCUGGAACCCACGUGGUGGAAGAGUCCCACGAGGCCGGCUGCCCUGGUGCGAUCCAGUUUGAGGAACUGUCCUUGGGCCAGAAGACAAGGUAUUUUCACAGAACUUACCCCACUCCCUUUAGGAUGAUAUCACCUUGGGGUAGACCUCAGAACUGAAGCCUCACGAUGACAGAACCGGAGACACUGGCCCUGCUGGAAAUGAAGGCACCUGAGGCUCCAGAGAAGAGCUUACCACGGGCUUUAGCCCCCACUGACCGGCAGCUGGAGGGAGAAGAUGGGACUGAGUCCCCUGGAGCUGAGUCUCUCAGACUGGGGUCUUCAGUUGGUUCCCCUACAGUCAGAGAGGGGCCCGAGGAUGGUCCAGACAGCACUAUCAGUGAAGCUGCGACUUUGCCUUGGGGAACUGACCCCCAGUACAGCGUCCCGCUUCCGGAUCCCCCAGGCUGGCGAGAUAUUGAACCAGAGCCCUUAGAGUUGGAACCACUCACUAAGUCGGAGGAACCGCUCACUAAGCCGGAGGAACCGCUCAAAGAUGAUGCCAGUUUGCUUCCUGAGAAGUCAGUUAGGGCCUUCGUGCCCAUUGAUUUACAGUGCAUUGAGCGGAGGCCGCAGGAGGAGUGCAUUGUGCAACGUAAGGCCGGACAGGCUGAGCGUAGGAAUUUCCUGCCAACCCGACUCAGCCACCAUGAGCUUCCAGAGCGCAAGUGGGCUGAGGCAGUUGUGAGACCCCCUGGCCGGUCUUGUGGGGGCUGCGGGAGCUGUGGAGGCCGCGAGGCGCUGAGGGCUGUAGCCUCGGUGGCUGCUGCUCUCAUCUUCUUCCCCUGCCUGCUGUAUGGAGCUUACGCCUUCCUGCCCUUCGACGCUCCAAGGCUGCCCACCAUGAGUUCCCGCUUGAUCUACACCCUACGCUGUGGGGUCUUUGCCACCUUCCCUAUCGUACUAGGGCUCCUAGUGUACGGCCUGAGCCUGCUGUGCUUCUCCGCCCUCCGGCCCUUUGGAGAGCCGCGGCGGGAAGUAGAGAUCCACCGGCAGUACGUGGCCCAGUCCGUGCAGCUCUUCAUCCUCUACUUCUUUAACCUGGCCGUCCUUUCCACCUAUCUGCCCCAGGACACCCUCAAGCUGCUGCCUCUGCUCACUGGUCUGUUUGCAGUAUCUCGGCUGAUUUACUGGCUGACCUUUGCUGUCGGCCGCUCCUUCCGAGGCUUUGGCUACGGGCUGACUUUCCUGCCGCUGUUGGCCAUGCUGAUGUGGAACCUCUACUACAUGUUCAUGGUGGAGCCGGAGCGCAUGCUCACCGCCUCCGAGAGCCGCUUGGACUAUCCGGACCACGUUCGAUCCCUCUCCGACUACAGGCCACGCUCAUGGGGCUGAGCUGCCCUAGGGCUGUGCAGGGGUCUUUCAGCACCUCCCUGAAACAGUUGCAGGCCUGGCCUUUGCCCAGGUCAUAGACCUUAGAUGGGAGGUACCUUGCUACUUAGGGGCCCCAUCCAAAGGAGCCCAGACACCCCAGUUCUCUUCUAGUUGUGCUGUACCCCUGGAGUGCGAGAGCCUAAGGCAGAGACUGGAGAAGUAUACUCCUUUUUGGGCAGCCCUCCACCGUGCCAAGCCAAGGCUAAGUAAGGUCCCAGCUUCCUGUGGACCAGAGGUGUAGAACCACAGGCCAACCUGAACUGUCUGCCUAAGCCCAAGCGUAGAGAUUGGUUCUCAUCAGAUAAGGACUUCGCCAUCUUUGACAUGAGGUGAAAGCCUUCCUAAGGGGCCUGGCUUCAAGACUCUUGUCUUGGUCAAGCUGUGACCUUCCCCCUCCCAGCCUACGUGGGUUCCUAUAACCUUCCACUUUGCAAACUUCCAAGAAGUACUAAGGUUUUAAAAAAAGGUGUGUGUGGGGGAUUUGGGGUGGCAGAGAGAUGAAACCUCCAAAAGAACUGUGGAUGGAUUCCCAUGUAGUGGCUGGGAUGGCAAUGACUGCUUGUCCAGUAUGUAUGUAAUAAAUCAUGGCCUGCUUCCACGGCUCCUUCUUCCUGCUAAUCUUCCCCACCCCCAGGACGUAAGUCACCUCCUGGCAUCAAGACCAAGGGGUGGAGGCGCUUCACAGGAGGCUUGGGGAGAGAAAAUGUACCCUCGAAUAGAAAGUGCCCAUUGCCUUGGAAGUCUGUCUCUCAAUCUUCCCAUUGCUGGACCCAGCCUGGCAUGGUGGCACAGGCCUUUAAUCUUGGCGCUUGGGAGGUAAAGGCCAGGGGAUCUCUGAGUUUAAGGCCAGCCUGGCCUACAGAGUGAGUUCCAGGACAGCCAGGGCUACACAGAGAAACCCCGUCUCAAAAAGAGAGAAAGAGAUCGGAAUCUGGACUGGAGACAUGGAUGGCUCCAUGGUUAGGAGCACUUGUUCUAGCAAAGGACCCUGGUUCAAUCCUGGUUCAAUCCCCAUUACCUGUAUGGUGGUUUACAACCAUCUGUAACUCCAGUUCCAGGGGAUCUAGUGCCCUCUUUUGACCUCCACAGGCAAUUCUCUCUCUCUGUCUCUCGUGCACGCACAUACAAAUGCAGUGCACAUCCACACAAGCAGGCAAAAUAUUCACACAUAUAAAAUACAUAAAUCUCAACCCUGUCUCG